AUGGAAACUCAUUAUUAAAUUAAUCUGAAUGAUGAUUUAUAAAUGUAUUAAUGCGAUUAUGCCUACAAAGAAUAAAAAUUUAUUUGUGGUUAUAAAUUGAAAAUCAUUAUUUUUCAAAAUAUUUAUACAAUAUAAGAUCAAAAGGCUUACUUAUAUUGUUUGAAUGGUUUAUUGUAUUUAGAAUUAAUAGAUUUUAAAAUUAUUAAAAUUUAGUAGAUUUAAUGUAUAAUGAAUUUCAUUAAAAUGCAUGGGUGCAUUUUACAGUAUCAAAAAAUAGUUGAGAUAGAAAAUUAAUAAUUGAUCAAUCAAAAUUUCUAUCAAACAUAUAACUUAAGGAGCAGGAGUAUAAGGAUAAAAUAAAAGAUGUAUUUUCGUAAAUUCUAGAAUCAUUAAAAAACUGCAACUCAAAAGGAGAAAAAAUUUAUUUUAAUCCACUUUUUUGUAGUUUUUUUUAAUAAGACUCUUAUAGAGGUAUUUACUUAAAAGGGAAUAGCAGUUUUAACAUGGAAAAUGUUAUUAAACCACUAAUGA